GCAAUCUUUCCCAAUCGGAUGGAAUAUAUGCCCCCCCAUACUGUUUGCCUAUCGCGAUGUGCGCUUUCUACGUCCUUCUCCGUAAGCAUACACACCACGCACACUCGCACACCUGUGUGUUCCCCCGCCACUGGUGCGCUAUGUAGGAAAAAAGAAAGCAUCGGUCCCGAUACAGGAAUUCCAUUCAUCGAUCAAGCAGGUUGGCGGGUCAUCCCUUUGGGCUCUGCGAUACAUCGUAUCUGUGUAGCGAGCACACCAGACUUCAACGCGUACCUUUCCUCGAGUGCUCGCGUGUACCCCGAAAGGGCGCGAUCGCAACUGGUGUGCCCUGUUGGAAGCGAACAAAUCGAUCGAUCGUCGUGUGCAAACGAUGUGUAAACACAAGUGAUGAGGUGGACAGCAAAUUAGAGCGGUUAUCAUUUGGCGAGGCAAAAGAAAGUGAGCGAACACGCGUAGCCCCACCAGCGGAAGGAAGAAAGUUGAUUACUUCCCAUCAUUCCCCAUCAUCGUUAGCAGCGUAGCAUGGCGUUUCUAGCAUCGUUACUGCUGUUCCUGGGCGGACUGCUGUUGGUACGGCUGGUGCAGCUGCUCGUUUCGGUGCGCCGUGGCCAGAGUGGUACCGGCGUGCCGCCCCGUACCACACCCGCCCGCACGAUGAUUGUGAUGGGAUCGGGUGGGCACACGGCCGAAAUGUUGCGCAUUGUCGAGCGCCUGGACGGGGAGCGAUACUCUCCGCGGCAGUACGUGAUCGCCAGUACGGACAAAACCAGCGUCGUGAAAGUGAUCGAGAGCGAGGUACGGCGGCAGCCCGAUACGCAGAAGCAAACGUACGAAAUUGUCACGAUUCCGCGCAGCCGGGCUGUACACCAGAGCUACUUCAGUUCCGUGGCGACGACCGUGCUGUCCCUGCUGAGCUGCGUGCCGAUCGUGCUGAAGGCCCGUCCGGAGCUAAUCCUCACCAACGGUCCCGGCACCUGCGUGCCCGUGUGUCUGGUCGCGUUUCUGGCCCGCCUCCUCUUCCUCAACACCAAAUGUCGAAUAGUGUUCGUCGAAAGCUUCUGUCGCGUACGCAGCCUUUCGCUGAGCGGUCGCAUCCUGCUGUACAUCGUGGACAUGUUUGUGGUCCAGUGGCCGGAGCUGCUCGAGCGGACGGCUACCACGCGGCAAGACGUGCGCUGCUUUGGACGAUUGUAAAGCCUCUCCACACCGAGCCCAGGUAUGAUGCAACAGGCGCACGCUCGGCUUAACUUAAUCAUUACUAAAAUGUUCACAAAGGGUACCAAUGACCACAAUAUAACAGGUUUAACGGAUUAA